AUGGCGAACCCUCCCAAUAACGGAAUCAUACUAUACCACUAUAGCUACUCACCCUUUGCGCGACGAGUAGUCUGGUAUCUUGCCUUGCGAGGAAUCGACUAUGCAGAAUGUCGACAGCCGCCUGUCAUGCCGCGGCCCGACCUGAAAGCAAUUGGUGUGAACUACAGGCGCAUCCCGGUCUGCGCCAUUGGUCGUGACGUGUAUUGCGACUCCCGCAUCAUAAUCCAGAAGCUGGAGCAGAUGUUCCCGCAGGGUAAGUUGGGAUCGUCAGUGCCGCAUUCCCGUGGGAUUGAGAAGCUGCUGGAGAUCUGGCAGAUCGAGGCCGGGGUGUUUGGGAGAGGUGCAGCAUUGAUCCCGUCGGAUGGGCCUCUGUCGAAGGAUAAGAAGUUUCAGAAGGAUCGGGAGGAGUUCUCUGGUCGGCCUUGGUCCAAGGAGGCUGUUGAUAGGAAUCGGCCUGAGGCGGUGGCGGCGAUGAGGAAUUACUUCAGGUUCAUGGAGUCUACGAUUCUGGAAGAUGGUCGUGACUACAUCCUGGGGACGAAAGAGCCUAGCCUGGCCGACAUCGAAGGGGUCUGGGUGUUCCAUUGGAUGCGAGAUCUAAAAGGGGCACUUCCGGGUGAGAUGAUCUCUGCUAAGCAGUUCCCGAAGGUCUUCGCAUGGAUCGAACGCUUCGACAAAGCGGUCAAGGCAGCCAAGGCGAAGAACGCAAAGCCAGCAUCGUUGAAGGGUGAUGCAGCUGCUAAGCGUGUGCUGGACGCUAGCUUUGCAGAUCAGGACAUUGGCGUGGAUGAAUCAGAUCCUCUGAAACUGCAGAAAGGACAGGAGGUAGAGAUCUGGCCGACGGAUUCCGGGUUUGGCCAUCGUGACCGUGGAGCACUGGUUGGUCUCAACGAAGAUGAGGUCGUCAUCGCCGUCGAUGUUUCCGGCAAAGAGGUUCGCCUACAUUUUCCUCGCAUCAAUUUUCGUAUCGCUGCAGUCGGCAGCGCAUCGAACCUGUGA